AUGAGAAAGGACCAUCUCCAAGCCCUCACUUUCGACAACUUCUUUUCAACCUCAGCCCAAGGCCUCGUGUGUAAGCUCUGUCAUUCCGGAAAUGGCAAGGCCUGCUAUUCAACAGAAGAAACGUGCAAGACUCGCUUUGGAAAGUGUUACACCUAUACCAGCUACCUUGGUAAGACCUGGCGAUGGGCCGCAGCUCAGCGGUAAAGCGCCCUGUUCCCAGCAUCUCCAGACAGGGGUAGGAACGGACUCAGCCGGGAAUCCCAGAUGGUCACUGCUUGUCAGGGUAAGCGGCCCUGAGGCGGAUAGGCCCAUAGUCUGACUCGGCCUAAGGCAGCUUCUUAAAGCUGUGGAUUCAAACCAGAAGCUGCUGUAACCCAGUCAGAUUGUUGGGUGAUGGUGGCUUACAAAUAAUAAAGGGCCUGGAGGCGGGUGGCACUGUGGUCUAAACCACCGAGCCUCUUGGGAUAGCCGAUCAGGUCGGUGGUUCAAAUCCCCACGACGGGGUGAGCUCCUGUUGCUCUGUCCCAGCUCCUGCCAACCUAGCAGUUUGAAAGCACACCAGUGCAAGUAGAUAAAUAGGUACCGCUGCGGUGGGAAGGUAAAUGGCAUUUCCGUGCGCUAUGGUUUCUGUCACGGUGUUCCGUUAUGCCAGUAGCAGUUUAGUCAUGCUGGCCACAUGACAUAGAAAGCUGUCUGUGGACAAAGGCCGGCUCCCUUGGCCUGAAAGCGAGAUGAGUGCUGCAACCCUAUAGUCUCCUUUGACUGGACUUAACAGUCCAGAGGUCCUUUACCUUACAAGUAAUAGCAUUAUUAUUAUUAUUAUUAUUAUUAUUAUUAUUAUUUCAGUGGUACCUCCACUUACAUUCCCCUCUACUUACGUAUGCUGUGGGAAGUAUUUUUCCUGGUUUCGCUGCAUGCGCAUGCACAAAAGUGCUCUAUGUGCCAUGCGCAUGCGCAGAAGCGGCACCUCUGGUUGUGAGUUCCUUGGGAUGCGACCGGAGCUCCGGAACGGAUCCCGUUUGUAACUGGAGGUACCACUGUAUUAUUUAUUUAUUUAUUUAUUUAUUUAUUUAUUUAUUUAUUUCUGGGUGUAUCCAUAAAAAGAAAAGGAAAUGGAAGGUGGCCUUCCGGAUUAUGUCAUCCUGGUUUUUCCUUUUGACAUGUUGGAGGGCAUGGAAUUGUAUGUUGGCCUUAAGCUGACCAUGACGUCACUCGUUUUUCUCCUUGGUCAUAUUAUUGUCUUUCCCCUCACAGAUGAUGAGCUCUAUUUCAUGAGUUAUGGCUGUGUGAGUGAUGAAUAUUGGGAAUACUGCAACGCAGUUCAAAAGGACGGAAAAUACACACACAUUGAUUCUUGUUGUGACACUGACAAGUGUAAUGGGAAAGCCCUACCUCUGCCUCGUGGCGGAAAUUAA